GGAAGUGAAGGCGCGGAGGAAGGAAGACGCUAAAAAUGGCACAAGAAAGAAGCCCAGCUUUGUGGCUUCACACUCAACCAAGUGUAACUCGUAAAAUGCCGGUGUGUCACAGAAUACUCUUACUUUUAUGGCUACUCCACUUUUCUUCCGUAUAUUCAGAUAUAACGGACGGGAAUGCGGAGCACUUAAAGCGGGAGCACUCGCUCAUUAAGCCAUAUCAGGGUGUUGGAACGAGUCCCUCAAGUCAGUGGGACUUUUGGGGAAGUACUUUAGUAACCAGCCAGUAUGUGCGUCUAACUCCGGAUGAGAGGAGCAAACAAGGGUCUAUCUGGAAUACAGUGCCAUGCUAUUUGAAGGAUUGGGAGAUGCAUGUGCAGUUUAAAGUUCAUGGAUCAGGAAAGAAGAAUCUCCAUGGAGAUGGCUUUGCCAUUUGGUACACGAAGGAGAGACUACAUCCUGGCCCAGUCUUUGGAAACCAAGACCAUUUUGUAGGCCUGGCUAUUUUUGUGGAUACCUUCCGUAAUGAUCUCCAAGGAAUGGAUCGCUCUUUUCCCUACAUUUCUGCAAUGGUGAGUAACGGCUCCUUGCCGUAUGAUCACGGGAAAGACGGCCGGUCUACUGAAUUGGGAGGAUGCUCUGUUGAAGUCAGAAACAAAGAUCAUGACACAUACCUGGCUGUUAGAUACUCCAAAGGCAGACUCACGAUUAUGGUAGAUGUGGAUGACAGGAACGAUUGGAGAGAAUGUAUUGAUAUUGGGGGCGUCCGCCUCCCUACAGGAUACUAUUUUGGGUCUUCUGCGGCCACAGGAGAUCUCUCUGAUAACCAUGACAUCAUCUCUAUGAAGAUGUACCAGCUGAUGGUAGAACAUACUCCUGAGGAAGACAACCAGGACUGGACGAAGAUCGAGCCUAGUGUCAGUCUCCUCAAGUCGCCAAAAGACAAUAUUGAUGAUCCAACGGGAAAUUUUCGGAGCUCACCCCUCACUGGCUGGAAGGUCUUCCUACUACUUCUGUGUGCCCUGCUGGGAAUUGUGGUUUGUGCAGUUGUUGGUGCUGUGGUCUUUCAGAAGCGUCAGGAGAGGAACAAGAGGUUUUACUAAACAUCUGGAUUUUAAAGAACUCUCUAGAUUGUUGGUGAAAAACAUUAAUGUGAAUUUCGAACAGCUGUACAAAUGUUGAUAUUGUUGAAGUGCUUGAUUGGAAGGAGUAGGAUUGGUGGCUUCAAAGAAACCUUUCUUUAUGUUUGAGUCUGCUUACAUAUAGUAGAUUACACAUUUUCAAUGUGUUCAACAGUAGUACAUCUUUAUUUCUGUGUUUACACUACGUCUCUAAAUUCUUCUUGGUUUCAUUUUUUUAUAAUUGUUUUUAACCCUUAAUCUGUUUCAUCUACACAUUGUUUUGUUCUGAUCUGGAGUGUUAAUAAUGCUGUGUACAACCUGUAUGAUUUACUUAGGGUUUUAAUGGACUGCAAAAGAAAUCAAACUAAUGAAAAUGUUCUCUUAAAUUGAUCAAAUCAAUGUAAAUAUUAGUAGCUUAUUUUCUAAAGUUACUACCCUGGUCCCUUCUCUCUGCAGUAUAUUGUUUCAGCCUUGUUUUUUAACCAAUAUUGAAACAAAUAAAAGAAGAAAACGAA